AUGCCACCCGUUCGCGCUCUACUGAACGUCGCUGCGAUAGUUUUUUACGCGCUUUUAAAAAACGGCUUCUGCGUUUUCACAAGCAACAGAAGUGGCCAAAGCAUAUGUCCCGCGUAUGGCACCCGUAGGGGAAUGAGUAGGCGCCGACCGGAUCAUCUUAAAAGUGCACACUUGUACAUCUAUGCAUAUGCGUAUGCCCAUCCGUGCGGUCUCAGAAAGAACGGAUUUUUACCAAGACACAGGAAAAGAAAUGGGAGAUCUACGGAGGAAGCCCUGCGGAUGCACCUCCUAAGAGGAGACAUAAGAUACUUUGAAAGGAAAAAAAAAGGACAUGAAAAAAAGCUGUACGCCGAGAGUAUGUUCUUUAACCCCAAACAAUUUAAGAACUUGUUUCCAGAGGAUGGGAAGAAAAAGGCGACGGGCAAAUAUGAUGAUGACACUCUUGAUCUAGAAGAAGUAGAAAACCUACAGGAGAUUAGUCCAGAUUUGUACAAAAAGUUAUCUGACUAUAAGAAGGAGGAAGCUUUGGAGGAAUCGAAAGGUAAACGUGAUGAACCAGAGGAGACAUUUGAUGGAGUUGACCCCAAGGACAUUUCUGUGUAUGAAGGAUUGCCACUUCUGAUGAUUGAUGGGAAGGAUUUCCAGGGAUUUGCCGACAAUAGGAAAGUGAAGAUUUCUCCUGAAAUUGCCACUCCAUUCGAUAAUUCGGAGUAUGAUGAGUUUGUGGAGUCAAACAGGCGGAAGAGCCACGCGUCGGAAGGAUCAGAUGGAAAUCUCCGCAAGGGGUCGAAAAGUAAAGCGGUAAAUAGGCCUGCCGCGGAUGAGCGUAAUGCCGACCGUGCUGGGGAGGACAUGCCCGACUUCGAAAGGGACGUUCUCUCCAUCAUCAGAGAGGGGCAGAAGAGCCACCCUAAAAGCAACAACGAUGGAGAGAACAGUAAAAAAGAACUGACCAAGGAGGAAAAAAUAGAAAGGUACAAAAAAGUGGGAAGGCACCAUCAUAUAGAUUCCCAAUUAGGAGAAAUACUAUACGAUAGGGACUACCCAGGGUACAUAUACCUAAAUCAUGGAGAAGACAUAAAGGAAUUGGACGAGAAAAGCGAGUACGAUUCAGAGUCGCCAGGAUAUAUAAACCCAUCCAAUGUGUUCUUACGAACUGGAAGGAAAAGAGAAGAGCAAAAGAAGAAGGACAGUGGUAUUAAACAAAAAAGGAGGUGGAAUUCAAAAGCAGAAAACGAUAUUAAGAGAGGAAAUUGGAAAUACUACGAUGAUACAGUGAAAGAUCUGCUUGAUUCAACUGACCAGGAAAAAUUAGAAGAAAAUUACUAUUCCAAUAAUUAUUACCAAAGGACAAAUAAUAAUACAGGUUUUGGAAGCCUAGAUAAAGUGCAGAACAAUUAUUUCGAUGUACAAUUUAUUGGAUCUGCAGAAACGUAUCCAGCAAAUAUAUCAGUAGGUAUGAAUUUCAUUUGGCCAAUAAAUUUCAUCCCCAUGUUAUGCAAACAGUACCCAAAGAGGUUGGGACAGCCUAUUAAGUCUGAUAUUUUUAACCUCGGUGGAUUUGACUCUCUUCAGUUAUGGUUUUAUCCGGACGGAACAAACAAUUCGAUUGAUGGAUUUUGCGCUUUGAAAUUAAUGAUGAGGCCUGGUUCGUAUUUGCCUGUUAAAAUUUUCCUCUUUGCAUUUAGCGAAUAUAAUUAUCUGCACACGCAACCCUUUUACAAAGAAUCAGCUGACUAUGUUGCAGCUUCGCUAAAUUUGUGCAAGUGUUUGUUAAAGACGAAGGAAAAUUUAAAGAAAAUUGAAAAUAAUAAGGAUUACGUAAUUUUAGGGCCCGCAGGAAAUAUUUACAUCGGGGUGGGUAUUUUUGACGACACGUAUGAUUUGGAAGAAGACUUUAAAAAGUUCUACUCAAUUAGUAACAAAUAUAAAAAUAAGAAGAAGGAAGGUGGGAAGGAGAACCAUGAGUUCAAGUAUGACUGGGAUGAGGGAGUGCACAUUUUUGACAACUGGCUGAAGAAGCAGACGGCUGUGACGGAGGACAAGGACGAACUGCUGCCAGUGUGGUACACACACUCUGAGCUUUAUGAGAAUUAUAAAUAUCGCUACGUCCCGGAGAAGAACCCCUUCAAGUUUCUAAACCGGAAGCCAGACAGGACCAAGUGGAACCGGCACCCCUUUUGA